AACACGAUAAUUAGAACCUAAUAAUGUAGAUAUAAGUGUAAACAGUACAGACAUUUAUGUCACAAUUUCUGUCGGCUAAACGUAUCUUUCGAUAAGUAGGUGUACCGUACCUACCUACUUAAAAUCGAUGGUUGUGUUUACAGUUUGAAAAGUCCAUAGCAACGCUGCAGUGACUGCGUGGAUCUCCACAGCUUACCAACUUACAACACGAUGUGUAUGUAAGGCGUUGUUUGUUUGUGAUCUAACUGUUUGUGAACAUGGAAGAAGACAAGGCCAGUGAAGAGGCAGAAAAUUGGAAAAUUUACGAAGCGCUGUGUAGUAAAAGUCCAACAGAGAUGGAGGCAGACGUUGGUAAUGAUAUAAUUACAAGUCUGAGAAGUGAUCUUGCCGGGCUGCAGUACAAGCGAGAUAAGCUAAUAUCUGAAAACAGUGACUUAAAAAACCAAAUGUUAGCUCGAGACCAGAGAAUACUUGAGCAGCAAGUAGAGAUCGAUCACCUUCGUGAACAAAAUGCACGCCAGAAUGCUGUCAUUUCAUCUCUUAGAAAGAAGAUUCAAGACCUCGAAGAGAUUCAUCGAAACCUUCAGACGUCGCAAGGAAGAAGUGAGAUCACAGUUCAAACACUGCAGAGAGAUAACCGCUACUGUGAAGAGAAGAUUAAAGACUUAGAAAAGAAAUUACGUUCUCUUGAACUAGAGUGUCACAGUGAAGAACAACAAAAAGAAAAUGCCCGUUGCCAGUUUCACGAUCUUGUUCGUCGUAUGUCUGCGGCUUUGGAAUCAGAUUUUUGCGAUACAGCACACACUCACUCUCCGGAAAGCUUAAUCAUCAAGGCGGCCGAGCUUGUCCAAGAAAUCACCAGACUGAAAAAUAAGUGUAUGAAUACAACAGAAAACUUAUCGACAGUCGAACAGGACCUAAGAAGUUGUAGAGAUGCAUUGGAGAGAUCAAACACUGACAAGGAUAUUCUACAACGACAACUAUCAGCACAACUUCUGGAUAUCGAGAGACUUAAACAAGAAAAAGAAUCCCUUUGUGUUCAAAACAGAGUUAUUGAACGAGAACUUCACGAAGCAAGAGAAAAGCUAUCACACUGUUCCAAAAACUUAAACGUUGUAACGGAUAACGUGAACCAGAAUGAAUCUAUUAUCAUUCAGUUGAAAGAGGAUUUGAGGCAUCGAGAUGAAAAAUAUCAAAGACUACACGCGGAAUAUCGCAAUACAAUGGAAUCAUUAGCUAUAUUACUAAGUUUACCGACACGAUUUGUUGAAGCACAUGAAAGUACUAUUAAAGACAGGAUUCGUGAAAUUUUAAGUGAUAACAAAGACAAAUCUGUACAAAUAGAUGCAUUGCGCGAUAAGUUAAACAUGGAAUCUCAGCAAUUGGGAAGAACAGCGCAUUUACACGAUCAAGCAAAUACCCGCGUGCGCAUCCUAGAAGAUGAAAGAAAUAUGCUCGAAGCUAAAUUACACAAGCUGGAAGCCGAGCUUAACGCACAGGAGGUCUCCAGGGACAAUUUACGUAAAGACAAAGCCAAUUUUGUUGCCUUCCUAGAACGUCUAAGUCGGACACUAAAUAUGGAUGAACUAACCCAAGACAUCGGUAUAGAAUUGCACACUGAAUCGAUUAUCCACCGAGCUGAACAGUUAGCGAGGCUUGAAAGUGAUAAAAUUGUUGAUAAGACAGCGGUUGUUUAUCAGUUACAACGACGAAUUCGGAUUUUAAGAGAACAACUACAGAGGAAAGACUUGCACUUAGAUUUGUUGCGACGAAAACUGAGUGUACAGGAUGAGAGCUGUCGAGUGCGAGCCGUGUUGCAGGCGGAGCGCGAUGAAGCUGUGGCUCGCAACAAGAAGCUCGCGCGACAAUGUGACAAGCUACAAGUGCAGCUUAGUGACGCGCGCGCGCAAAUACGUGACCUCAACGCACAACUUGUAGAUGCCGCUGAGUACAAGAUAACAUCACUAGAGAGAGCUCGCAAAGUAGAAGAACUGCAAAAGAAGUUGGAGGAGGCGGAACUACUGCGCGUGCGUUACAAUCGUAAAGUGAACGUGUUGAAGGAACAAGUGCGCUCCACGGGCGAGACCUUCGAGCAGGAGCGCUCGUCCAUUGACCACCAGAUCACCAUCCUGCGGGAUGACCUCGCGCGCACCAAGGAGGCGCUCGCCGAGAGCCAGCGCAGGGAAGCUCAGCUCACCAGCUUCAGGAACUCGAUAGCGAAGUUGCUAGGUAUCCUGGUGCCGGUGUCUGUGUCUGACUUCGAGAUGGUGUCCCGCCUACAAAAGCUGAUCGACGCACACCACGACUUCACGGUGGUGUCGCGCCGAUACGACGACCCCACUCUGCUGCGAGCCUCCUCUCGCUCUCCACCGCCCUCGCGUUGCAGAACCUAG